AUGGAUCAAACCGGCACACUCUCCGAUCCCAACGUUCGCCCUCGAUCAAAACGUAAACCAGCUCAUGAUUCUAACCCCCGAACUAAGAUACCACCUAACAUACACAAUGAUCGAUGCUUGGCACUCUUAGAAGAUAUGAGUCCCAAGGCGCUGACUGGCGUUCUGCGCGAGUAUCGCGUUCGCAUACGACCAGGCACAAAGAUUGAAGGACUUAGAGACCUGUACAAGAAAUGGGUUUUUCCAGUUCAAGAAGAAGCUUAUCUCCCACCGGCUUCGACAUCAAUCUCGAGUCCAAUUCACGAAGGAGCAAGCGUUCUUGGAGAGCUGAGCGCCACUCACAAUGAUCACGAUCCUGGACCAUCACAAACGUGGCCCGCGCAUCCUGCGGAGUCUGAUGUGGGCUCAGAACAGCCAGUUGCCGUUCCAAAAGUAUCUGGAUUUCAUCAUUUGAAGAAAGAAGUCCUCCAAAGACUCUUAAAAGACAACAGAAUACCAUUUUCUGGGCUUCGAAAGGACAAGUUGAUUGAGCUGUGCGACCAGAAUGCUCUGACCGUACCCACAGAAGGCACCGCAGCCAAUUCACCAGCCAUCAACUCAACUGCUGUCACUUGCGGCGGCUCAGAAACUCAGGUCCUUUCAGAAAUACCGCCCCCCCUUGAAAGAACCAUAAAAUCUAACCGUCGCGCUCCAGCUGGAAAAGCUUCCAAGCAAAGCAAUAUCCCCAACGUCAGCAAAAAAGAAAAAUCCACUGAUUCAACACAAGGUUGCUCCUCCGCUCCCAGUUUCACUGUUUUAGUGCAGUCGAGCUCCGAUCUCAAUGACCAUCAUGCUGGAUCUUCACAAACGUUGCCCAUCAAAGGUUCUUCUAAGCAGCCAUUCGAUUAUUUGGCGUCAACAAACCCAGAAAUUCGAGAGUUCUUGGCAAAAAAUGGAGUCUCGACCCCCUCUCGAUCGAACAAAGAUUUUCUCCACUACAAAUAUCUCGAGUGGCAGUCAAAGAAAUCUACGCUUGAUCUUGCAGAGUGCGAUGUGGGCACAGGACAGCCAGUCAACAUCCGAAAGCUAUCUGUAUCUCAUCCAUGUAAGAAACAAGUCCUCCAGAGUCUUUUAAGGGAAAACGGAAUACCAUUCUCUGGUCUUUCAAAGGAUAAAUUGAUCGAGCGGUGCAAAACAAAUAAUCUGACCGUGCCCAAUGAUGGUGCAGCCUCCCAGUCGGCAUCCAUCCAGUCAAGCCUCAUCACUGACAGCGGCUCAAAACUCCCAGUACUUUCCGAUACACCGCCCCUUCUUGAAAGCCCUAUAAAGACCAAAUGCCUGGUUCCAGCUGACAAAGUUGAAGUUCCCGACGCAACUGCCAAUCUUAGUAAAGAAGCAAAACCCAGUAAUCUGAUACAGGAUUUUGAAGCCAGUUCCAGUACCGAAUCGUCGCUCGGGUAUCUUUGCGAGAGCUCUAAAUCUGUUGACCAACAACACGGCUCUAGCGCCCCUCGCGAGGAAGAUGACGCAGAGGCAAGCAUUGGAGAUUCAAGUACCAGUAUGGAGAACGUAGAAGGUAGUGAAAGUGGAGGGGAAGGGAGCAACAUAGAUAGCACGAGAGAAAGCUCAAAGAACCAGAGGAACGAAGUCCCCCAACAGUCAGAGAAAGGCUUUACAUCAUCCACAGCCAGUUCCAAGCUUGCCGAGCCCCUGGUAUGCCAGACCGAAUCCACGAAAUUUAUAGAGGAAUCAGCAAAAUCCCUCGAUUGUGAUCCACGUAAACCAGAGCCCGGCGCCGGCGCCAAAGUGCACGAGUUUGAUUCACGCAACCGAUCUACUUCGACACAGGGCCAAGGAUGUGAGGCCUCACACAAUCAACAUCGUGGACUAGCUGAUGUAGCAUCCGACCUUCCUUCACCACAUUCACUUGGCAAUUCCCCACACGUUCGAGAAGCAAAGGGUAAAUCUCGGGAGCACAACCCAAUACCGCCCCAAGCAUCAUCCUCGAGCCAGCCCCAAAAUCGGGGUUCCUUUUCUGCCUCGCCCGGGAACACAGAUCAGACUGCGUCAAAAUUGGACGUCAUCAUGAGUUACUUAGAAAAGUUGACUGUGGGCCAGGAAUCAGCUGAGCUCAAAACGCUUCAAACCAACCAAUCUUUACAAAAUUUGGAAAUAUCUUUCGAAAAUAUGCAGGUUGAGCAGUCCGAUGCAUCAGAGAAACUAGAAAACCUUAUCAAAACAGUAUCAAAAUUAUUGGACUCCAACGAAGAGCAUCAUACAGUGAGCUCGAGGCGAAGCAGGCCACCCAGUGGAGCGAAAAAUCGCUACACUUCUCAAGGUGGAAAGCUAUCGGGAGCCAUACGAUUGUGUUGUGCCACAUUGAUCGGGAGAAGGGCAGAAGAAGAGACAUUUCCUGAGCCUGCAAACGAAGCUGAAAAGCGUCAGUGGCUAGUGGAUCUACUUAAAGAACCAGCAGGAGCUCAAAUGGGGAGGGUUCCAGGUGAUAGUCCUGAUCGCCCUGAUACGCAUUUCCCUUUCAAAUCUGGCCCUGGACACUUGAAGGCAUCAACCACACAACUUCAAACCAUGCGCACAAUGCUAUUACAACACGGGGUGAAACGUUUCCGACCAGACUUAAGCAAACCUUACAAAUCGGUCGACAACUCAUUUCUGUGGGGUUUGGCUGUUAAAAUAUUCCUUAGGCUGGUCGAAGCGGGUGAAUACCCUGGGGUCAGCUUGGAAUCGGCUCCACGGGAGAUCGUUGAGGCUGAGUUUCAACUGCACGUCACUGACUGCUUGAGAAAGAGAGAUCGAAAUGAGCGAAACCUGACACCAACAGAACUUGCCGCCCAAAAACGUCGAGCAAACAAAGCCUCGCGGCUUUUCAGCUUGCGAGAGUUGCGCCAAACUACUGCAGCAGAUACCCCGGGCCUUGAGCAUCUGUGUUAUAUUGUUGCUCAAUGUUGUAGCGACGAUGAGCUACAAAGCGAAGAUGAAGACGACACUGGGAUAAACACUGCUGCUCGAACCAAGACUUGUGAAGUCCUUGAUUUGGGAUGGAGGAGUGAAGACUGUGAGAGCAUCAUGUUAGCUCUGGAUAACCUACGCAAAAGUUACCGCAGCAUGGCUCCUUCAACACCUCGUGGGCUCCCUUCUCGAGUCCGGAUCCGGCCUGAAAUAAACAAUCGCAAGAAAAGCGCAAUGGAAGCACCAAAAGGGCUCUCCAUUGAUUGUUAUAGGCCCUCAUUUUUGGCUAGUAGAACCGAAGUGGAAAAAGCCUAUCUCAAAAUCAACAUGGUUCCGGGGCUUCCAAAAUAUAAAGAUAUCUUGUUUUAG